GUGAUUACAUGAGAAGAACGUUUAGUAUUGCUAGCGAGCUCUUUACAAGAAUGGAGGGAGGUAUUUCAUCUACAAAAGUUCCUUGACAUAAAUUGUAUUCGGUGACUUCCAAAACUCCCUCUAACCUUUCAGUUCAGUACUAUCGCUAACCUAACCGUCAGCUAACUUAAGCUCCUGACCCUAAACAACAGUCAUUUGGAUGAGUACCGAUACUCAUGGGGAAACGAGAGUUAUUCUUUCAGCAUUUUAGAUAGACGAUUCUGUCCAGCAUCCAUCCACUUUAACCGUUUAUUCGGGAAUAGACUUUUUCACUUAGAUUUUCCUUCUUUACUCUGGUUAAUAGCUUCAAGAUCAUUUGUGCGCUUGUUCGUUCUCAUUGCUAUUCAACUUUGUCGUAAAGUGUAAUGGGAGGUACCAGGAUCUUUGGUGUUUUAAUAAAUUCUGAUGUUGUUUCGUGUUGCAUCCCACCAAAUGACGUUAGAAAAAUUGAAUCUUCUCUACAAGUCUCGACUAAGAGAUUACAUCCUUCGUCACUAUCCAUCACUUAAAUCUGCUAAUCCUCAUGUGAAGUUUAUGGUUCGUGAAUCAGAAGAUAUUACACCAAAAGUGUUUGCUCGUUAUGAAAUGGGGAAAGAAGCAUGCAUUUCAAUAGCCAAUAACACAGCUGAGGAAAUAGCUGAAAAAUUGAAAUCGCUCAACCGGACAUAAUAAUAUUUUUGUUGAUAGAUUGCGUAUAAUUAAGUUUUUGAACGAAAGUAGUCAUAAAUAUAGAUAAUUUUAUUUAUAUUGUUUUCUAAUUGCAGGAAACUAGUAAACGAUCUUACUGAAAUAUAUUUUUUGUAGUCAACAUGCCGGUUUGUCAAACUCAUGGUACACCAUAGAACUGAGGUUCAUGCGCAUAUGUUAUAAAUCUGUGAGAAAGUGGAUAGGUGGAAUUAGUCACUUCUUGCUAAUGAAGAGGUAUCUCACUUGUCUAUUUAAAAUAAUACAGUGGUUACGUAAGCUGAUGUUUUAUCAGGCAAAAGUGGAUUACUGUUCUAUUGACGUAAUAACCGACUUGUAAGUCCGACAACAGACUUCCCCAAGGUAAGUUGGGAUGUACAAUUUUCGAGGUCGAUGUUUUCUAC